CCGAGCGCUCCCGCAGGAUGGCGCGGGCCAAGCUGCAGCGCUCGCCGUCUGAGGGCAAGGCGGGCCCAGGGGGCGCCCCGGCCGGCGUCUCGGCCCCAGAGGAGCCGCAUGGGCUCAGCCCGCUGCUGCCGACCCGCGGCGGGGGCUCCGUGGGUAGCGACAUGGGCCAGAGGUUCCAGGUGGAAGAUGUCAGCCUGGACUCCUCUCUGUCUCAGGUCCAGGUGGAGUUCUACGUCAAUGAGAACACAUUCAAGGAGCGGCUCAAGCUAUUCUUCAUCAAAAACCAAAGAUCCAGCCUGAGGAUCCGACUGUUCAACUUCUCCCUGAAGCUGCUCACCUGCUUACUCUACAUCGUCCGAGUUCUGCUGGAUGACCCUGCCCUAGGCAUCGGAUGCUGGGGCUGCCCGAAGCAGAAUUUCACCUUCAAUGAGUCAUCCUCUGAAAUCAACUGGGCUCCCAUCCUGUGGGUGGAGAGAAAAAUGGCUCUGUGGGCGAUUCAGGUCAUCGUGGCCAUAAUCAGCUUCCUGGAGACCAUGCUCCUCAUUUACCUUAGCUACAAGGGCAACAUCUGGGAGCAGAUCUUCCGGGUCUCCUUCGUGCUGGAAAUGAUCACCACUCUGCCCUUCAUCAUCACGAUAUUCUGGGCGCCACUGCGGAACCUGUUCAUCCCUGUGUUUCUCAACUGCUGGCUGGCCAAGCAUGCCCUGGAAAACAUGAUCAAUGACUUCCACCGUGCCAUCCUGCGCACGCAGUCCGCCAUGUUCAACCAGGUGCUCAUCCUCUUCUGCACCCUGCUGUGCCUAGUCUUCACUGGGACCUGUGGCAUCCAGCAUCUAGAGCGAGCAGGUGAGAACCUGUCCCUCCUGACCUCCUUCUACUUCUGCAUCGUCACUUUCUCCACUGUGGGCUAUGGUGAUGUCACACCCAAGAUCUGGCCAUCCCAGCUGCUGGUGGUCAUCAUGAUCUGUGUGGCCCUCGUGGUGCUCCCCCUGCAGUUUGAGGAGCUGGUGUACCUGUGGAUGGAGAGGCAGAAGUCAGGGGGCAACUAUAGCCGCCACCGAGCACAGACAGAGAAGCAUGUGAUCCUGUGUGUCAGCUCCCUCAAGAUAGACCUGCUCAUGGACUUCCUGAAUGAGUUCUAUGCCCACCCCCGGCUCCAGGACUACUACGUGGUCAUCCUAUGCCCAACCGAGAUGGACGUCCAGGUGCGCAGGGUUCUGCAGAUCCCCCUGUGGUCCCAGCGGGUCAUCUACCUCCAGGGCUCUGCACUCAAGGACCAGGACCUCAUGAGGGCCAAGAUGGACAAUGGGGAGGCCUGCUUUAUCCUCAGCAGCCGCAACGAGGUGGAUCGCACUGCAGCUGACCACCAGACCAUCCUGCGGGCCUGGGCUGUGAAGGACUUUGCCCCCAACUGCCCCCUUUAUGUCCAGAUCCUCAAGCCAGAGAACAAGUUCCAUGUCAAAUUUGCAGACCAUGUGGUAUGUGAGGAGGAGUGCAAGUACGCCAUGCUGGCCCUCAACUGCAUCUGUCCGGCCACAUCCACCCUCAUCACGCUGCUGGUGCACACAUCCCGAGGCCAGGAAGGCCAGGAGUCACCAGAGCAGUGGCAGCGCAUGUACGGACGCUGCUCAGGGAACGAGGUAUACCACGUGCGUAUGGGUGAAAGCAAGUUCUUCCGCGAGUACGAGGGCAAGAGCUUCACCUACGCGGCCUUCCAUGCCCACAAGAAGUACGGUGUGUGUCUCAUCGGACUAAAACGGGAAGAGAACAAGAGCAUCUUGCUGAACCCAGGGCCACGGCAUAUCCUGGCUUCCUCGGACACUUGCUUCUACAUUAACAUCACCAAGGAGGAGAACUCAGCCUUUAUCUUCAAGCAGGAGGAGAAGCAGCAGCAGAAAGGCCGGGCGGGGCGGGGGCUGUAUGAGGGCUCGGCGCGCCUCCCCGUGCACAGCAUCAUCGCCUCCAUGGGGACGGUGGCCAUGGACCUACAGAACACAGAGUGCCGGCCAGCACAAGUCAGUGGGGGCAACAAGCUGGCACUGCCCACGGAGAAUGGCUCGGGCAGCCGGCGACCCAGCAUCGCACCUGUGCUGGAGUUGGCGGACAGCUCCGCCCUGCUGCCCUGCGACCUGCUGAGUGACCAGUCGGAGGAUGAGAUGACGCCGUCAGAUGAUGAGGGGCUGUCUGUGGUGGAGUAUGUGAAGGGCUACCCCCCCAACUCACCCUACAUUGGCAGCUCCCCCACCCUGUGCCACCUCCUGCCAGUGAAAGCACCAUUCUGCUGCCUGCGACUGGACAAGGGCUGCAAGCACAACAGUUAUGAGGAUGCCAAGGCCUACGGCUUUAAGAACAAGCUUAUCAUCGUGUCAGCGGAGACAGCAGGGAAUGGCCUGUACAACUUCAUUGUGCCGCUGCGGGCCUACUACCGCUCCCGCAAGGAACUCAACCCCAUCGUGCUGCUGCUGGACAACAAGCCUGACCACCACUUCCUGGAGGCCAUCUGCUGCUUCCCCAUGGUCUACUACAUGGAGGGCUCUGUGGACAACCUGGACAGCCUGCUGCAGUGUGGCAUCAUCUAUGCCGACAAUCUGGUGGUGGUGGACAAGGAGAGUACCAUGAGUGCCGAGGAGGACUACAUGGCUGACGCCAAGACCAUCGUCAACGUGCAGACCAUGUUCCGGCUCUUCCCCAGCCUCAGCAUCACCACGGAGCUCACCCACCCUUCCAACAUGCGCUUCAUGCAGUUCCGUGCCAAGGACAGUUACUCUCUGGCUCUUUCCAAACUGGAAAAGAGGGAGCGGGAGAAUGGCUCCAACUUGGCCUUCAUGUUCCGCCUGCCCUUCGCCGCUGGCCGAGUCUUCAGCAUUAGCAUGCUGGACACACUGCUCUACCAGUCCUUCGUGAAGGACUACAUGAUCUCCAUCACCAGGCUGCUGCUGGGCCUGGACACCACGCCAGGUUCAGGCUACCUCUGUGCUAUGAAAAUCACAGAGACCGACCUGUGGAUCCGCACCUAUGGCCGCCUCUUCCAGAAGCUGUGCUCCUCCAGUGCCGAGAUUCCCAUCGGCAUCUACAGGACCGAGUGUCACGUCUUUACCUCUGAGCCCCAUGACCUCAGAGCCCAGUCUCAGAUCUCAGUGAGCAUGGAGGACUAUGAGGACACCCGGGAAGUGAAAGGGCCCUGGGGCUCACGGGCAGGGGCCGGUGCUGGCAGCACCCAGGGCCGCCCCACGGGCAGCGACAUGGCCGAGCACCCACUGCUGCGGCGCAAGAGUCUGCAGUGGGCACGGAAGCUGAGCCGCAAGAGCCCCAAGCAGGCGGGCCGGGCAGCAGAAUGGAGCCAGCAACGGCUCAGCCUGUACCGGCGCUCUGAGCGCCAGGAGCUAUCCGAGCUGGUCAAGAACCGCAUGAAGCACCUGGGGCUGCCCACCACCGGCUACGAGGAUGUAGCAAAUUUAACAGCCAGUGAUGUCAUGAAUCGGGUAAACCUGGGAUAUUUGCAAGACGAGAUGAACGACCACCAGAACACCCUCUCCUACGUCCUCAUCAACCCACCUCCUGACACGAGGCUGGAGCCCAAUGACAUUGUGUAUCUCAUCCGCUCUGACCCACUGGCUCACAUGGCCAGCAGCUCUCAAAGCCGGAAGAGUAGCUGCAGUAACAAGCUGGCCUCCUGCAAUCCCCAGACUCGUGAUGAGACACAACUCUGAGCCAGCCACAUGCUCGAGCGGGGCCCAGCCAUGCCAAUAGCUCCUGACACUGGCCCCUGGAGAGGAGGGGUGGCAAGCCCCAGGCACUGCAGGAGGCUGGCAGGAUUGCCAUGUUUUUUAAACCUGUUUUUACAAAUCUCAACAACCACAUCUCUUUACACAAAUGCACCGCAACUCGUGACCGUGACUGAACCUGGACGAUCAAGGGAGGUGGUGGGUAGAGCCAAGGGCUGGCAUGCCUGGGCCCCAGGGGCACAGGGCUCACAGUGCACGGGAUGCUGCCUGACUACACUGGAGUCUUCAAGACCUUGUGCCACAUCUGACCUGGAUAGGGGCUUCCCCAUGGCUCUAGGCCAACCCCCAGUGCCCAUUACUCGUCCCCACCCUGUGUUCCCUGCCAGGCCUGGACAUGCACAGAAGAGGAUCUGGACCAACUCAGGCCUUGAAGGAUGGGUUGCAGGUGGGAAAGAUGAAGGGAGCCUCUUCCAGAGCAAAAGGAAGCUAGAGAGGGGCUUCAGUGUGACCUCUCAGUGCCAGGGAGAGGCCUCGCAGACCAGGCCUGGGAGAGCCAGGUCAUAACCUGUAGGUGACAACUGUGGGAAGAAAGAAACUGUCUUUCCUCUGUUUUUUACACUGAUUCUUUCCAGUCACCAAGUGUGGGACGCAGGAGUGACACUCAAUCUGAAGCACAAAUCCCUGCAGGGCUGCUGGCUGGGUCUUUGGCACAGACUUUUUCCCAAGCCAGUGAGGGAUCUUGGGGGUCCAGGUGGUGGGGACUGCUGCCCUGGGCCCUGGCAUAGAUUUUGCAUGGUAGGUGCUGGAAUCUUCUAUUAAAUUGAUACACUCUGCA